AUGGUUAUAAAGUUAAUAUUUGGUGAUAGUAUACAAAGCGGCUAUGGCUAUAGAAAACGUGGAUGUGUGGCCGUUUUAGAGGAGACAGUGAUUGCAGAUAAUUGGCAUAUGGCAAAGUGGGGUAAGAAUGACGAUGCUGGUGACAUUGGCAUGGGACCAUUCUUCAAGCUUUUUCUCCACGCAGUCCAAGACACAUGCGCCAAUUCAAUCAAUACUAACUCACUCUCAAGUGUGGAAUCAAACUAA